CCCAUUCCCUCUCACCCCCCUAAACCUCAACAUCUACCUCCAAAUCAACCUCAAUUACAACCAAACCACUCACUCCCACCCUCCCAACUCAUGUCCGCGGGUCCAGCAAACGAAGCCACGUCCCUCCUCCCGCCCCGAGACACCCAUCCCGACGACAACGACACCACCACCACCACCGCCGCCCACGAAGAGACGAUGAGCAGCCAGGCCUUCUGGAGAGUCGGCGCCGUCUUCGGCGCCGCCGCCGUCGGCAUCGGCGCAUUCGGGGCCCACGGCCUCAAGGGCCGCAUCUCCGACCCCGCAAAGAUCGCCAGCUGGUCCACCGCCGCCCAGUACCAGCUCAUCCACUCCGUCGUCCUCCUGCUCGCCCGCUCCAACCCCGUCGCCUCCGGCCUCUUCACCGCCGGCAUGACCAUGUUCAGCGGCAGCAUCUACGCUCUCGUCCUCAACCCGGACCUCAAGUUCCUCGGCCCCGUCACCCCGGUCGGCGGUCUCGCCCUCAUCGCCGGCUGGCUCGCCCUGGCCUUCACCAAGGGACGCGUCGGCUUCCGCGUCUAAGAGUCUCAAAAGGUACUCCUUGACUUUGUUUGUUCUGCCUUCGCCGCUCAUGGCCAGAGUAUCCCCCUCGUCUUCCUUUCAGAGGUAGUCUGAGGGUCUCGGGGUUGCCCAUUAUCGGCAAACCAGCAUCGUGGUUAUGUCCAUCUUGCAUGCUGGCCCUCCUUGUAUUCAUACUUGUAUUUUGUAUUUUAGAUAUCUGUGGUCAUGGCCAUGGCCUUUUCACGCUUGAAUGGAUUCUCCUCUUCUCAAUACUCAAUUUUCCAUCACUGGAGGUGCUUAAUAUCAGGCAGAGAGCCGCACGCCUGCGGAGAAGGUGGUGAGAAAGUUUCUUUUCUAUUUUAUUUUAUUUUCGAUCUCGAUGGUCUCCUUCUAUAUACUACCACAGCUUCACCACGCCGAAAGCCAUCUCUUCAUACUCUG